AGUCUGGCCGCUGUGAUGGCGGCGUUGAUGUUGUCCCGCCGCGUUCUCGGUCCUUUCGGACAACGGUUUGCCCUCAGCCAGACCAUCUCAUUCACACAAACUAGGGAGAAGAAACGAUGGAUGAGAGCUUACGUACAGUUAAUGGAAAGGAAGAAGAAACUUGAAGGGCCUCCGCCGCCUCGACCCCGGUCACAGCAACCCAACUGGGACUAUCAUGCUGAAGUAGAGGCCUUCAGUCAUCGUCUUAAUGAGAAUUUCAACCUGGAUCUUCUAAAAACAGCAUUUGUUAAUCCCUGUUACAUCAUGUCUGAGGAAGCACGUCGCCAGGAGCUUAAACUGGAAAGGGAGGAAAUAACAUUAAAUCUUAAAGACAACCAGCAGUUAUUUGAGAAAGGUUUAUCGUUCGCAAAUAAAUACCUCCAAGACUGUUUCAGUAGUGCCUAUCCAAACUUACCUGCAGAUGGUGUUUCGGCACUUACUGGUCACAUCACUGGGUCACAGAUUGUGUGCCAUGUGGCCAGGAAUUUAGCUGUUGAAGACUUGACACUAAGUGCAGAGUUUCCAGUGCCACAAGAGGUUUUACAAAAGACAUUCUUUGCUCUUAUUGGAGCUUUGCUAGAGAGCAGUGGACCUGCAAGAGCCACCUUAUUUGUCAGGGACUUCUUAAUUACUCAACUUAUUGGUAAAGAUCUGUUCGAAAUCUGGCCUGUUGUUAAUCCCAUGGGACUAUUGGUGGAAGAGAUGAACAAAAGGAAGAUGGCUCUUCCUGAGUCCAGACUGACGAGACAGUCUGGAGUCAGCACUGUGCUCCCGGUGUAUUUUGUUGGACUAUACAGUGAUAAGCAACUAAUUGCAGAAGGACCUGGUGAAACUGUGCUGUCAGCAGAAGAAGAGUCAGCACGAGUAGCACUGCGUAAAAUUUAUGGCUAUACAGAAAACAGACGACCUUGGGAUUAUUCAAAUCCCACAAAGCAACCCACAGCAGCUAAAGCUCUGUGCAAUUAAUGUGCUGGCCUCAUCCCAUCUGAUUUGUCAUCAAGUAAUAGUCCUGAUUAUAGGACAUUAAUCAUUGUAAAAUGAUGAACAUUUGCACAGCUGAAAUAAAAACAUUCAAAUUCA